AUGAACAAAAACACCGCACUCCUCGUAGAAGAGGCCACCACCACGUCUACGUCUGGUCUGCUGCUGCCCAACAGGAGGCGAUCCAGCCAAAGCCUUGUUUGUCCUGUUUGUCCUGUUUGCACUGGCAUCCCCCCGCUCAAAAGAACGUCAAGUCUUUUUUUAAAACGCUCCCCCAGAAAUACACCCGCUCAAGGACGAGCAGCAACCACCUGCCCUCCCCCAACAAGUCCGGUUCCUAACCAGCUGAGACUGCUGUUCGUCGUUGCAGGCCUGCGCAUACAGCCCCAAGCGGAUUUACAGGUCUGGAAAUAG